ACUAUAAAUAUGACCUGCUACACAAUUUGGUUAUUAGCUAAACAUCCUAAAGUUACUGCACAUUUUCGAAAGGAAAUAAGCGAAAUUUUAGGUGAUGAUUUAUCAAGACAAAUAAGCUAUGAAGAUUUGGAAAAAUUUACAUACCUUGACGCAAUUUUAAAAGAAUCCGUACGAAUAUACACAGUUGUACUAUUAUCACCACGUGUUUCAACACAAGCAAGUAUUGUUGGAGGAAAUCAUUUGGAAGCUAAUACAACUUUCUUUGUUGGUCAUGAUAUAAUUCAUAAAUUACCUGAAUUUUGGGAAAAUCCUGAUGAAUUCAUUCCAGAAAGAUUUUUAAAUAAUGAAAUUGCUAAGAAUGCUUUUAUACCUUUUGGAGGUGGUACGAGAAUUUGCCCUGGAAAGAAUAUAUCUAAUGUACUAAUGAAAACCUUGUUGAUUUUGUUGCUUAGAAAAUAUGACGUUGAAUUGGUUGAUAAAGUAUCGGAAAAACCUAACUUUAAAUAUUCAUUAUUUUCUCAGUGCAUUGAUAUGAAAAUUGUUGUACGUCCUAGAUAUUAACAAAUUAUGUGAUAUCAUCUUUUCUUUUUUAUUUUUAAAUUGAUGUUAAAUUUUAUUCUUUUUUUAUUCUUUUUAUUAUAUCAUAGUACCA